AAGUGCGCGGGCGCCCGCUGGGCGCUCGGACGGGCGCGGGGACGCGAGGCCGCUCGGCCCGGGCCUCGGCCUCGGCGUCGGCCUCGCCGCCGCGCUCGCGGCCUGGCCCGGCUCUGCCCGGCGCGCCCGCCGCCCGCGGGGAUGUCGUACAAGCCGAACUUGACCGCGCACAUGCCCGCCGCCUCCCUCAACGCCGGAAGUGUCCACUCGCCUUCUACUAGUAUGGCAACAUCCCAGUAUCGCCAGCUGCUGAGUGACUAUGGGCCACCAUCACUAGGCUACACCCAGGGAACUGGAAAUAGCCAGGUGCCUCAAAGUAAAUACGCAGAGCUGCUGGCCAUCAUUGAAGAGUUGGGGAAAGAGAUCAGACCCACGUACGCAGGGAGCAAGAGCGCCAUGGAGAGACUAAAACGAGGCAUCAUUCAUGCCCGAAGCCUGGUUCGGGAGUGCUUGGCCGAAACGGAACGUAAUGCCAGGUCCUAGCCCCUGGCCAGUUUGAAGGCCCAUCUCGCCACCCCGUGGAGAUGAGAGGCUUUGUUCAAAAUGGCAGUGGUUUUCCUGCCAUGGUAAUUAAGCUCUGAACCCACAUCCAGAAGACUGGGAAGACAUUUUGCAGUUACUGACGGUGUGCAUUCUAAGUAGUUAGAAACCAUCCAGCUCUUUUUUUCUUCCCAAGCAUUGAUUUGAAAGAUGUUUGUGAAGCCACUUCACAGCAAGCUAUUGUUUGCCUCUAAAUACCAGUGUCCCUUUAAAAUCUCCCUUUGGAAACACUUGCCAUUCGCCUCACCCCAGGUGACUUCCUUUCCAUGAGCUCACCUGCCUCUGCGGACUUGAGUGCAGAGCACAGCACAUCUGCUUAGGAAGCUGGCCUGCCUGUGGACAGUGUAGACCCUGCUUCACAGAGCUGCUCUGCUUAAGCCUUUGCAUGACCGAGUGCUUUGAAGUCAAUCUUAAACAUGCACAAGUUAUAAAUACAGAAGAAAGAGCAAUCUACCCAAUCUGCCACGCGCCCUGCAAAUGUCCAUCCUGAGACUGUGGAUCUCAGUUCCGUGUUUACUGUGAGACGGUCACAAUAUCUGGAAGAAAACGACUGCAACUGUUGCAUCUUUGUAUUUAUUACUUGAUGUAAUAAAGCUUAUUUUCAUUAACA